GCAUAAAGUUGUUAGUAUCAGUUGCUGGUCAGUGGAAAGAUAAAGUCAAUUAUUUAAUGAUAAAUUAAUUAAACAAAAUGCGUUUGUUAUUGUUUUUUGGUUUUUGUGUUGUGCAUGUGUCAACGACUGGAUUAAAUGAAGAAUUUAGCUGGAGUAGGAUAACUUAUGAAUGGCCUGAAGAUGGUACUUUGAGUUCGAGAUUUGGAAGACGUUCAGUUAUCCCAUUGUAUACACAAAACAGACCCCACUUGAAUGCGGAUCCUAUUGUUUUCGAGGGCAGCACCAAUGCAGAUGUAAAUCGACAAACAAAACGAAAGGAAAAUCAAAAUAAUGAUAAUAAUAAUGAGGCCGAUAAUGUACCAGAGUCAAUGGAUUAUCAAUAUGUUAACAACAUUCCAAUGGGCGCCAACGUUUGGCAAGACAAACUUUUCAUUACAAUACCCAGAAGACGUUUAGGGGUACCAUCGACCUUGAACUAUGUACCACUAAAAAAUGCCAAAAAACAUAACGUACCUUUAAAACCUUAUCCAAAUUGGGAAAUGAAUUUAUAUCCAGACACGAGCGAUUCCAAAGAAAAUUUCGUUUCAGUUUAUAGAACUGCUAUUGAUGUUUGUGACAGGAUGUGGUUUGUGGAUACCGGAAUUGUAGAAACGCUUGGAAAUCGUACCACAGUAAAGCCCCAUCAAAUAGUCAUAAUCAACCUAAACACAGACAAAGUAAUCCAUAGAUUCAACUUGCCCGAUAGUGUAAUAACUCCAAAUACAAUUUUGGCUAGUUUGAACAUAGACAGUCCCAAAGGAUCUUGUGGAGAUGCUUAUGCCUAUUUUCCAGAUCUAUCAGGUUAUGGUUUGAUAGUCUAUAGUCUCAGAGAAAACCGGGCUUGGAGGGUGGCCCACAACUAUUUCUACUUGGAACCUAUGGCUGGAGAUUUUUUCAUUGCUCAACAUAAUUUCCAAUGGAACGAUGGAAUUUUCAGUGUAGAAUUGAGCGAUCUUAAAGCUAAUGGGUACAGGGAUAUGUAUUUUCAUGCUAUGGCUGGUACCCAUGUCUAUAAAGUAUCUACGAGAAUUUUAAGGAAUGAAACUUUGGCUACUAGGAGUUAUCAUGGAGAUGAUUUUGUUGUUGUUGGUGACAAAGGUCCAAAAUCUCAAACAUCUACCGCUGACAUCCACAAACCUACAGGCACAAUGUUUAUGGCACUAGUAAACCAAAAUGCCUUAGGAUGUUGGAACAUCAACAAAGACCUAAAAACCUUAUCCAUAGUCCAAAAAGACGACCAACGCAUGAUUUAUCCGUCAGAUGUCCGAGUUUCUCAAGACAAAGUUUACGUUUUGACCAAUACGAUGCCGGAAUUCUUGUAUGGACGUUUGAAUUAUGAUGAGACAAACUUCAGAGUUUGGUCGAGUGAUGUUAGAAGUGCUAUCCAAGGGACUAUGUGUCAAGGAGGAAGAUCUGCUUAAGUUUAUGUUGUUAUUAUUAUUAUUGAUAAAUAAAUUUUAAAAUCUUAA